AUGUCUGCUUGGGACGUGAAGGGCAAGGUUGCCAUUGUUACAGGUGGUGGCAGUGGUAUCAACCAUGCCUUUGUGGAAGUACUUCUCGACGCUGGCUGCUCCGUAGUCGUGGCGGAUAUCAAUCUACGACCUGAAGCCGAGGCUACACUGGCCAAAUACCCCCAUCCCCCCCAGAAAGAAGGAUCGCCGUCUGUCGUCUUCAAGAAAACGGACCAGAGCAACUGGGCCCAACUCUCUGAGCUGCUGGAGUUUACUUUGAAGCAGUUCGGUCGGUACGAGCUGGUGUGCCCCGGUGCCGGCAUCUGGGAGCCACCAUCCUCCAACUUCUGGAUCCCUGCCGGCACAUCGGAUAUCGCCAAAGAUGAUCCUCAAGCUGCCGUUGGCCAGUGGUACACGUUUGCUGUCAACACAACCGGCCCCUUGCGCCUUGCACAAUUGGCUUUCAAGUACUGGAUCGACAACAAAAUCCAGGGAAACCUCCUCCUUGUAGCCUCAAUGGGUGGUUACUGUGAGACGGUUGGCACUCCACUGUAUUAUGCAAGCAAAGCAGCGCUGCUCAGCGCCACAAAGUCGUUUGCCCAGAUGCGUCAGCGCCUGGGCAUCCGUGUGUCGGCCGUCUGCCCCGGCCCGUGCUACACUCCUCUGUUCCUGCAGGAGUGGGCCGCGCCUAAGGUGCGACCUACGGACUUCACCAUGACUCCAAAGCAGUGCGCCGAGACCAUGCUCAAGAUCGCCCAGGAUGCCGAGUAUGGAGAUGGGCAGAUCGUCGAAGUUAUGAUGAUGGGCACCAGAGCUGAGCCUCGGUUGAACGUGCGUCUUGUGCCGUACGAGAGGUUGCUGCCCGAGGGAGUUGGCACUCUGGGUGACGAUAACAACAUCAUCAAGGAGGAGGAAAAGCUCUGGGCGCAUCUCCAGGUCAACGGCAUGACACCUCUGUAA